ACAGCAUAUAAAACUCUUAGGCAGCACCAUUUUUUAGUACACCUGUGGAUCACUUGGUUACAUUUUGACAGAAGAUCGACUGAUAUUUAUAGAGGAAACAUAAGGAAAGUCAUUUAACGUCCGCUUUCCAUCGUAAUCAUUCAUUUUAAUACCGCUCACACGCUUAAUACUGUGCAAACACGUUAUUGCUUACUAAUUUACAACCUCACAUUCACUACGCGAAUAUGUCAAGAAUACUCUUGUUAUUGCACCCUACUGUGGUCACUGACCAGCAUCUAGUGGAAAGCAUAAAGGCUGAUAUCAAGAACAAACACACAGACUUCACGUUGGAGCAACAGGUGAUAGACCGUGUCACCAAGGGACACGUAGGAUUACUCCGGGAUUCAUAUAACGAAAUACGAUACAUUAACCCUAACCAAGGUGAAUAUUUAGAAAUGCCAUUGCUGUUGAUGAAAUUAAUUUUCGAUUCAUUGGCUUAUGAUGGUAGAUUCUGUGGCGAUUUACCUAAAGAUCAAAAUUUAGACGUGUUGCUGACUGGAUUUAUAAUUGAAAAUAACGAAUGGGUUAAACCUAAACCAAUUGAGACCGUUAGUCUUAGAACGAAGAUAAAGAGUUCAAACUCAACCGAUGGAAAGAAGAAGUUGGGCCUUUUGUUUAAAAAGUUGGAUAAACCUCCUACUUCUCCUGGUUUAACUGACCUGAGUGGUUCCAAUACAGAUGAAGAAAGUGAAUCUAUAAUGAAGAGAAAAUUGGCGGACAUGAAAUUGAGCUAUUUCAGUGAUGAUGACGACGAUGAUGAUGAUGAUAGCCUUGCCAAUGAUGACCUUAUUGACGAGAAUGACUUGAUCAAGGACAUUAAAACUGAUGGCUUAAUUAUUCCCAAGAAAUGUGUGUUACCCAAUGGUAAGAAGAGAAGAAAGGCAUGCAAGGAUUGUACUUGUGGAUUAAAGGAAUUAGAAGAACAAGAAGAAGCUGAACAAAGGUCAUUGCAGGAUAGGAUACUAGGCAAAAUGGCCCAAUCAGCCACCCUCGAAGCAAUUAAGAUUGAAGAAAGAAUAAAAGCCAAGAUUCAAUUCAAGGAAGAAGAUUUGUCUGAGAUCGACUUCACUGUUAAAGGUAAAACUGGUGGUUGUGGUUCAUGUGCUUUGGGAGAUGCAUUCAGAUGUGAUGGAUGUCCAUAUUUAGGAUUACCACCAUUUAAACCAGGUGAAAGGAUCACCAUUGAUGCGUUUGGUGAGGAUAUUUAAGUUAUUUUGUAUUAUUAAGUUGUUUUGACGGUGCUUAGGAUCUUAAUCUCCGGCAUAUUAUAGUUAAUUUAUAGCAUUUACUAGCGAAAAUUAAAUUGUGGAUCUUAUUCAUUAUGACAAUACAUACUUAAAAAUGGACAUUAUUCUCAUGUGUAAUUUAUAAUGCCCAAUUGAGUCACCGGAUCCACUCAAUUGUUAAGAUCCAAUUGUUGUCGGUCCGAUGCAAACUUUGCAUAUUGUUUCCCCAGAGGAACACAUUCGAAGGUGUAAUACUCCUCGGAUGAAAUGAAUGGAAGGUUUAACCAGGUAUUGCUUUGCAUACUCUGACAUUAGCUCCCUCCACCAUUGCAAAGAAAGCUUGACGAGAUAGUCCCACCACCAAACACCACAAUGUAUUUUUAAGCAAGACAAAGAAAGUUAAUAGAGUAAAAAUAUUAUAUAUCGUUGUUACGUACAACUUUACCUA